AUUUAGAAAAAAAAUGUUGGAAGAGUUUUUUUUCUUGAAAAGUUAACCUUUAUUUUUCCCCUUCUUCCGGUGAAGAAAUAAAGCGGAAUACAUAGAAGCACAAAAAGGGCAAGAAAAAUGGCGGGAAACCAAUUAUUUUGAUAUUCUCUCUGUAUAUAACACUCACACUGAAUUGUGAAAUUUCAAAAUUUUCUUCAAUCACUGCAUUUCAAAUUCCGAAGAAGCAUCACCAUGAAUGCGAGUCAGUUCGACGGUAACGCUGCCUUCUCCGGCGGCGGUUUCACGGUUUCUCAGGCCACCACGAGCGGCGACUCUCCCUUCACUCCCUCCAAGAAUCGUGAUGCUCAGGCCUUGCUUCCUCUGACGAUCAAGCAGAUCAACGAUGCUUAUCAAGCAAGUGAUGAUAAAACCAAUCUGACUAUUGAUGGAGUUGACGUUGGCACAAUUUCUCUUCUUGGAAGGGUGUGUAACAAAGCUGGACAGAUCACUGAUGUUAAAUUUGUACUUGAUGAUGGUACUGGAAUGAUUGAGUGCACUAAAUGGCUUCAAGAACCUGCAGAUUCAAUUCAAGUGGAGAGUAUCUUAAAUGGAAUGUAUGUGCGGGUUUAUGGACACUUGAAAGGCUUUCAGGGUAAAAAAAACUUAAAUGUUUUCUCUUUUAGACCUGUGACUGACUUCAACGAGAUUACCCACCAUUUCAUUGAUUGCAUAUAUGUUCAUCUAUAUAAUUCGAAGUUACGGGCUAGCAACUCCAAUCAGCAACAUGUUCCUAAUUCCACACAAAUCACUCCCACAAGAGGUCAUCAAUCUCAAGCCGUAUUGGCAAAUCAAUUUUCUGCUAAUAAUGGUCAGAAGACUGUUGAAGAUUUGGUGUUAGAAAUCUUGCAUCAUCCCACAAACAGGACAAAGAUGGGAGGAACACCUCUUGAUGUUAUUAGACAACACCUUGGAAUUCCCAUGGACAAACUCAUGUUGGCUAUUACAAAUCUUGCGAAUGAAGGUACCAUUUAUGAAGGUGAACAAAAUCACUAUAAGUCCAUUGCCGACGGUUGACAUAUUGGUGGUCGAGGGGCAUCAAUAUUACUGUAGUAUGCUCCACUCUGUGCAAGUUUUUAUGCAUACCAGUGAUUCAACAUACGCAGAGUUAAGGAAAGUAGUAGAUCUGCUACAUUCUGAACAACUCAUUGUUUUUUUGUUUGUGACUAAUGUAUUUGACACUGCUUGUGACAAAGAUAGCAUGACAUUGAAUGCAUCUACUGUGUAAAGGGGUUUUCACAUAUUGUCGAAAACUUUAAGAGCUUAUGGAUUAUGCAGGACUUGUUUGAAUUUAUGGAAA